AAGUCCCGGAUGCGGAAGUGCCCGCUCAGCUUCCGCUUUCUUCACAGAGGUAUCGCUGUUGUGGGUUGGAGCGCUCUGAGGCCGGCCCGGAACCAUGCCUCGCAAAAUUGAGGAGAUUAAAGACUUUCUGCUGACAGCCAGGAGGAAGGACGCAAAGUCCGUCAAGAUCAAGAAGAACAAGGACAAUGUGAAGUUCAAGGUGCGCUGCAGCCGGUACCUCUACACCCUGGUCAUCACGGACAAGGAGAAGGCCGAGAAGCUGAAGCAGUCCCUGCCCCCAGGUAUCCCUUGGCCUCUGGAGGGAAGUGUCCCAGGUUUUUGGGGGGGCAACAGGCUGGAUGGAAGUGGCCCCAGUGGGACACGAGCCCUGUCCCACCACGUGUCACCCGUCAAGAUCAAGAAGAACAAGGACAAUGUGAAGUUCAAGGUGCGCUGCAGCCGGUACCUCUACACCCUGGUCAUCACGGACAAGGAGAAGGCCGAGAAGCUGAAGCAGUCCCUGCCCCCAGGUCUGGCGGUGAAGGAGCUGAAAUGA